UAUUGUUGCACACAAUAAUUGAAGUUACAAAAUUAAAUUGUUAUACAUUACGGAAAAUACUCAUCUAAAGAUCGAUGGGCAACUUUUUCAGCACAUUGGAUGUAAACGAAAGGAAAGGAACAAACGAAAUAGAGGACGAAACAAGGGCUAUUGAGACGUUGCUAAAGUCAGCUAAACACAGGCGAUGGGACAGGGUUUGGAAGAUCCUUGGAACCCCGAAUAACCCUAAGCGAGAUCGUCUUUUCAAUGUCAUACCAGAAAACAGACGUUGGGGAAUUCUCCACCAAGCAAUAUACUGGAACAAUAAGCAAGUUUUACUUUACCUUUUGAGAUAUUCCGCUUGUGACUCAGAAAUUCGCACUAAACAAUGCACUUCUGAAUGUGGUGACACGAGCGGAAAAAGUGCUUUAGAAAUUGCAGAACAGUAUCAGUAUAUGGAACUCGCUGAAGUUUUUGCUAACCAUACAAGUAAGAGAGAAGACCAAAGCAUACCAACGUUUGAAUCUUAUGACAACUAUGAUCGAAAUACUAGUCUUGGUUUGUUAGCAGUGUCUUUGGCCGCUUACAAACAUACAUUUCAUCCCAAGCCAAUAGACCCAAAUAAGUCUAUAAUAGAUAUUCUCGGUGACAUAUUUGAUGACAUAAACCAUUCAGACAAAAGGUGGAGAGAAGUGCAAGAUAAAGUUUGCGACUCUGUUUAUGUCGUUUGUAAAGAAAAUAGCAGUAGAAUUAAGAAAAGCAGCAGUCGCCAUGAAAUUUUCAAGAAUAAAAUUGACACAUACACAGAAGAAGAAAAUAAAAUGUAUACGUUUCUGAAUGUCGCAUUUCGAAGACAACGAGACAAAAACUAAAGACCGACGGGAGAUGAUCUGUCACUUGGUCCAUAUGCAGUCAUGUACAAAAUGCAGCUAAUGUACUGGCAGAAGCUUCCGCGAGAAAGAUGUACAACAUAUAGAAAAAUGGUUUUGGCGAAAUCAGAUGCUGACCAGUAUGUUUUAGGGAAACAGUUUGUCUGGCAGUCCGUGGUAUCGUCGUCAACAAACUCAAGUGCGCCACUGCAUUCCCAACAUGUGGACCUGAAGGUGAAAAUUCUAUGAUAUUUUCUAUUGAUAACAGAGUAAACAGCUUUUGGCAACCUAGAAAUAUAGAAAAUUAUGCAAAAUAUAUGGAACAUGAAAGAACAUACCCGGCUGGUGCCAAGUUCUUAGUCACAGGAAGAACCAUUAAACGCUCUGAGAUAUAUAUCACCCUUAAGCUUCUGCUAAAUUGAACAUGGCAACAUUCUAAUAAUACAAGACAUAAUAUACAGAAGCGCCGUCCUUAAUUCACGUAAUAUUUGUAAAAGGUACAAUAAUGCCUUAAUUAAGUUUCUUUCAAUAGGAAUGCAUAUCUCAGAAUGGAAAUAUUUAGCAUAGUUUUGCAAUCCCGGAAUUUAUUUUGUAGUAUCUUAGAACAUUACAGCGAUAUGCAUAAAAGGUGUUGGACAAAAUAGAACCAUACCGAAUAAUAGAAAGAAAUAUCAGACAGUAGGUCAUUUUGGGAUAAUACUUGAGUAUGGAAUUUACCUUGUAAUCAGAGGAGAUGAUCAUAAGUUUACAUUUACCUUCGAACAUGCUACGACUUUGAAUACCGAGGUUUUGACAGUCGGCCAAAUGAUUUCUGUCUUCAUUUGCACAGUUAGUAGCUAAUGACUUUCACAGUGUGGUUCCAAUAAACAGGGGUAAUUAUUUAUUGGAAAGUCAGUUGACCUUAUAACUAUAAGAAUAAGUAAGGAGAGGAAACAGUGUAUUUAUUUCAAUAAAUAGGGACCACUAUGGAAAUAAGGGGAAAGUUACUUCCCCUUUGUUGUGUUAUCCCCGGUAUUGGUGUGCACUACAUGGCUCAAUUUGUAUGUCAUUGUGUUUUUUGUUAUUUGUUUUUAGCACAUGCAUCUUAUUGAUAAUGCUUUCUUUUAUGUACACUUUUACCGAAAUAAAUCUAUCUAUCUAUGAGAUAACUUUGAAAAAUGUAUAUAUUUUUGGCACCCUUUUAAUAACAGAAAACAAAUUUUUGCUAAGCCAAUGAUUAAGAAAUUUUCUAGUUCUGUCUGGUUUAUGUUUACAACUUUAAACUUACAAAUAUAAAAAAGAAAGUUAUUUCAGUUUUGUCAUGAAUUUAAAUCGUACUUUACAGAAGAUUUGUUUAAAAUGUGCCCAUAUUCAAUUAUAAGAUUUUUAAGAAAGAUUCUACAUUCAUGUAUCUAAAUGUUUGUUUCACUGCUUUUGGAAUGUUGUAUAAACCAUUUGUCUUAGACGAAAAUGGUAUAUCUGAUACAAUUUAACUGAAAUGGAAAAUUCAGUUUAGACGAAUCACAAUAACUGGAUUGUAUCCCGUUAUGUUUCAUUCCAAUAACAUUAAUUGCAAGUAUUGUAUAUAAUCAAAAUUGACUGAUAUGACAUUUUUGGCAGAUACAUUUUUCACUAUACUUUUUAUCAUUGUUUUCAUAAUUCUACUUUCACUGAUCUUUCACCUCCAUUGCACACAUCGGGACCCUCUGUUGUACAAACAGUUUCCUUCAAAUGUCUUUAUUGUUAAGUGGGGAGCCACUGUUGUGCUUAUAACCCUACUAUUAUCUACUAUUACAUCCUUGCCGACAAGCCAAAAGGCCGCUGGUUACUGGCGCGAAUUGGCAACAAAUUGGCAACUGACUGUCCUGAUCGUUGCCGAGACAGAUCUUUGUUUGUUUGUUUGUUUGUUUGUUUUGGGUUUAACGCCGUUUUUCAACAGUAUUUCAGUCAUGUAACGGCGGGCAGUUAACCUACCCAGUGUUCCUGGAUUCUGUACCAGUACAAACCUGUUCUCCGCAAGUAACUGCCAACUUCCCCA